AUGUCUCAAGGUACUUUAUACGGAAACUUUAGAAUUAGAACCUGGGUUCCCCAGGCUAUUAUCAAACAAUUCAAGCUUGAUAUCAAGAUUGUGGCUCCAGAAGAUGACCCGGAAUUAUUUGCUCGUGACUUUCCCCUAAAGAAAGUUCCAGGGUUUAUUCUACCUGAUGGCUCUAAGUUGACUGAGACCAUUGCCAUUAUGACCUACUUGGUGAAUUUGCUUCCUGAUGUUGAGGCCAAGGAACAAUUGGCCGGCGCCGAUAUACAACAAAAAGCUCAAGUUUUGAGAUGGUUGUCGUUCGCUAAUAAUGAUUUGUUAGUCGAAUUAGUGAAGCAAUUCAGACCCUUGUUAGGCCAAACACCAUAUGUGAAGCCUUCUGUAGAUGCUGCUGCUGCAAAGGUCGCCACAAUAGUCUCGGUUUUUGAGGAGAGACUCUCUGAGCACACUUAUUUGGUUACCGAAGAUAUUACGCUGGCUGAUCUUUUCGCUACUAGUAUUUUUGCGAGAGGAUUCCAGUACGUAUUUGGUUCUGAGUGGCGUGCUGCCCACCCAAUAAUUAUGAGGUGGUAUAAUACAGUAAAGGCUAGUCCCUACUUGAAGGAGUUUUUCGUUGAUCACAAGGAAUGUGACACUCCUUUACAACCUCCUCAGAACAACAAGAAAAAACAUCCAAAAAAGGAUGCUAAGGCUCCAGCACCUGCGGAGAAGACUAAAGCGACUCCAGCACCAGCGGUUCCAGAACAGGCAGCUGAGCAAAAGAAGCCAAAACACCCUCUAGAAACUCUCGGCAAAGCUACCUUUCCAUUAGAUGACUGGAAGCGCAAAUAUUCCAAUGAGGAUACAAGAGCUGUUGCGUUGCCUUGGUUUUGGGAACACUACAAUCCCGAAGAAUACACCAUUUGGAAAGUGGACUUCAAGUACAACGAUGAGUUGACGUUGACCUUCAUGUCCAACAACCAAAUCGCGGGUUUUUUCAACAGACUGAGCGGAUCCAUCAAGUACAUGUUCGGCUGUUUAGUCGUCUACGGAGAAAACAACAACAACGGUAUCACCGGUGCUGUCUUGCUCAGAGGCCAAGACCCCGUUCCUGCCUUUGAUGUCGCUCCCGACUGGGAAUCCUACGAGUACACCAAAUUAGACUCUUCCAAGCAAGAAGACAAGGAUUUUAUCGAGAAUAUGUGGAGUUGGGACAAGCCUGUCGUCAUUGGAGGCAAAGAACAUGAAAUUGCAGACGGUAAGGUUCUCAAAUAA